CUGCUUCAUUGCAACGGUUGCGCCAGAUUAGAUUGGUACACAGAUACGCAACUUCGCGUGCACUUGCAUCUACAAGCUGUCAACUUGUCUUAUGUUUGCGUAUGGUUGCAAGCCUGGCACCAGCCACCACGCCAGGAAGACGCGCGCCUUAGUCGAUCUACUGGUGCUUGUUGAAUUUCACCAUCUUUCGCCGACCGCCGUGAGUAACAUUCUGGAUCGUCACACGGUGGGCUUGAAGAAAUGGUAUUCGUAGCCAGCAGCGACCCGUUCUAAUCACGACAACGCUCCACGUUUUCGCCUUUGAUGAGGUAUUCAGCCUUGCAUCACUCAGCGCGAAGACCUCGAGAAUAUCAGGAUUAUACCAAAGCCAGCGCGCCAUUGUUAUUGAUUACCGCCUCGAAUGGGGUAAGAAUCAGCAAUGCAGCUAUGGCGAAGUGCGUAGAAGAAGAAGGCUUGUGCCUUGGGAGGAAACGUGGGUCACUAUUGUUCGGC